CUUAAGUUUGCCACUCCACCUCGUAGAAGACAUAGUAAAACGUGCGCUUUUUUUACACGAUCGGUAUUUUAGACCUCGCACACGAAGUCCCGCGAGGUGUCAAAUCUAUCCUAUUUCUCAUUGGUAGUAACAAUGAGGGAAUAGCGCAGUUACAGUGCCAGUAACACUGGUGACUGUAGGAGUCGAUGCGAGGCAUUGAACUGUAUUGGAACAGAACCCUUUAUUUUUAUUAACUUGUCGACUACAAAAAUGUAUUAACAAAAUCACAUGAUAUCUUUUUACGAAUCGUAAGUUCAAACUUACGAGAGUAGUAAAUGGAGUGCUGCCAAAUGCAGCGUAACGCAAUCACAUCUCAAAGAUGGAUAGAUUGCGGCUGUUGCCAUUGGAAUUACCAUCAGCCACCAAUAUAAAUAGUAAUGGAACAGUUAAAGGAAAAAUAUCAUUUGUUCAACGAUUAGCAGUAGGAUUUGUUAUUUUGGCUACACUAGGUUUAUUAUAUGUACCAGCAUAUCAUUCUGCCCAAAGCUCUUUCUCAGGCUUAGGUGAGACUCCGUCCCCUGCAAAGUCUAUUGGUGAUACGCAUUUGGUAGCAUCCCUGGCACAGUUGCCCGGAUGGACUUAUAAUACUUCCAGAGAUCUGUGUACAUACAUUCAUCCAGAGAAUACAACAUCAAUUUUGAAUCCUAUUGGUAUUUGUUCUCCACCACCAUAUCUACUAAUAGUUAUUUGUUCUGCUGUUGGAAAUCUCAAAGCUAGAACAGCUAUAAGGAAUACAUGGGCUAAUAAAAGUGCUUUAGAUAAUGUAUAUAAUUCAACAGUAAAAGUGACAUUUCUCCUGGGACAAAGUGACAAUGACACGCUUAAUAAUAUAAUAGCAGAAGAAAGUCAACAAUAUAAUGAUAUUAUUCAAGAAAAAUUUUAUGAUACAUAUAAUAACUUAACAUUAAAGUCUGUUAUGAUGCUGAAAUGGAUAACAUCCAAUUGUAAAGAAGCUAAAUAUCUAAUGAAAACUGAUGAUGACAUGUUUGUAAAUAUUCUUAUGUUAAUGAAAACAUUACAAUCCAGAUCCCAAUCUACUAAUACACUAUUAGGAUCUCUUAUUUGCAAUGCGAAACCUAUUCUAGAUCCACAUAACAAAUGGUACACACCAAAGUAUAUGUAUUCAGAAAAAAUAUAUCCUAAUUAUUUAUCAGGUACAGGAUAUGUAAUGAGUCUAGACGUUGCAUUUAAAUUAUAUCGAGCAGCAUUAACAAUGCCAUUACUUCAUUUAGAAGAUGUUUACAUCACAGGUCUUUGUGCGAAACGUGCCAAAGUCCGGCCUGUAAAUCAUCUCGGUUUCAGUUAUGUACCAAGGAAAUUGGAUCCUUGUAUGUUAAAAAAUGUUAUCACAGCACACAAAGUAAAUGCAUCUAAUAUGUAUGUAAUUUGGAACAAAUUACAUGAUACAAAUCUACCUUGCAUUACUCAUACCCAUACUGAUAAAAAAUCAAUUACAUUGAGCAGAAAUGGUAGAAAUGUUGGAUAUUAUAUAGUAAAACGAAGAGCUACGAACAAAUGUGUUUGAAGUAACUAGUAUUGGGUUGUAACAUAAAUACGUUCGGAUAUAUUCAACAUUUUCUUUUGCAUUAUGACUUUUGAUAAAUCAGUGAAAUAACAUUAGCACUGCUAGAUAUAAAUUGAUCAGAAUUGGCUUCUUGUCCAUUACAAUUAUACAUGUUUGUAAUAAGUCAUAAUUACAUUUUUAUAAUUAAGACAUAUUCAUACUUACACCCGAACUUAUUUAUGUUAUCAUCUAAUAUUUUUAAAUAUUGGACUUGUUAUUUAUUGUUAAUUUAAUGUUCGUUAAAACAACAUCACUAAACUAACAUUUUAAUGAACACAAAGAUCUGAAGUAGACCAAUGGAUAUUAUCUCAGAGUAAUUCAAGAUUUACAUAAGUAUUAUUAAUAGAUCUGAAAACACUUUUAAAUAUUGAACUAAAAACUGUGCUUCCUUUAGAUUUCUUUUAACAACACUACAAUCUCUGGUGUAUAUUUCUACUGCAAGAAAGAUUUGUAUUUGACGUUUAAUGAUAAUUAAUGAAGGUUUUAUACACUAUUUUUCCAUUUGAAUAGCAGUAGUUUUUAAGGAAACGCUGUCAAUUAGAUUUCUUGUAUAAACAGUUAAAUUCUUUGCCUAAAUGUAUAAAAGUUUGAUGAUUAAGUAUCAAGCAUUUAUACAGCUUCCAUUAAAGAAAUUUGAAAUUACACGAGAAUCAAAGAACAUAUAAUUCAUUAAUAUAGUUCAUAAAUACGUCGAUUGAUUAUAUACAAAUAAUAUAGCCAAUUAUAAGAAAUUUAUAGUAAAACAUACGGAAGAGCGAUGAUAAUUUAACAUAUUGAAUCUCGUACCGUAGAUUGCCAAACGGUUUCCUCAAUCUUAUCAUGCUUCCUUUAGAAUCUCAUUAAAAGACUUACAUAUUGUACUAUGUGUUGAUAUUAUGUACAUGUCGUGAUGUUUGAAUAAUUGUAUUUUGUUUAAAAUUUUUCCUAUAUUUUUAUAAAAUAUGAACAACAUCUAUUGGGCAAUAUAUUUACAUUCCUUAUUAUAAUGAAAUACUUAUGACAUUUGCUAUAUACAUGACAGUGUAAUAUAUAAUUGAAAAUACAUAUUUCAUGUGCUAUAAGUGUAGUAUAUUGCACUUAUGACUUCUGUGAAAAGAUAUUUCAUUGAAAUAGAUAUUUCUUUUAUACGCAUUCUCGAAGAAUUGUAUAUAUUUUGCUAACUGUACUUCAUGUUAAUAGCUCUUGAUAAAUUUAUUCUAUAAACAAAUAGUUUAUUUUCUUUAAAAUUUGAAUGCUCAUAAUGCCACGUAUGAAAUAAUAUAAAUAUUUUUCCAUUUAUAUGGAUACCACAAUUGUUUCGAAGACGAUAUUAUUUUUUAAUUUAACGAUGCUCCUUAUUGAUAACAUUACGCAAAUAUUAAAAGUAAUAUCAUCCAUCCAAUUCUUCAAUGAAUGUGUCCCCUAUACCAUAUAAUUGAUGAGAGUGCGCUAUGGAUACAUAUUUAAGUAUCACUAAAUAUACAAUUAGCAUUUAAAAUUUCGAUUUAUGGAAUCCAACAUAUACGAUAAUUACAUUUAAUUAUAAUUAAUAUAGUAUAUAUUACAUUUUUCAAGAAUCUAUUGGGACACAUUAAAUAAGACUAGCAUAAUGAUAACAGUAAUCGCAUUUUAAACAUUUGGGUAAUUACAUUUAUUAUUAUCUGAUUGAUAACGAAAUCCAAAAUAAGUUACACUUCUCGAUUUGAUCCUACCGAAAAAAAUAUACAUCUAGGAUGUCAAUAUUGAAAUCAAUUAUUAGCUCAAAUAUGUAAAACAAAUUCACUGUCUACUAUUUAUUAAGCUUUUCGAGUGAGACUCGUUCACUAGCGUAAACGAAACUAAGAUUACUAAUGACUCUACGGAGUAUCCUAGUGGCCUUAGAAAAUUUGUUUUAUUUUGUACAAAUAUAUUGCUCAUAAAAAUAAACUUUGUAAUCUCUUAGUAUGGUAUAAAAUUUGGUGCUAUACAGUAGUUAAAUUAUAUGUUUACUGUAUGUACUUAUAUAAAGGUCAUCACCUCUGUGUUUCCAAACAAAUUUUAUCUUUUUUAGCAAGAAACGUUAUUUAUCUUUGACAUCGAAUAUUAAUUAAAAAAAUUCUCGCGUUUAAUUUUUUUAAGGCGAACUAUAUGUCAGUAUAUACAGUAUAGCUAAUUACAAAAAUAAAAAAAUUAUAUUAAUUGUAGGAAUUCAUAUAAAUGUACAACCGAUUUGUUACGUACAUCUAUCAAACUAUCAAAUAUUUACGUGUCCAAUAAUGAAUUAUGUAAUACUGAGAGACAAAAAUAUACUAAAAAAUUGGAAAACGUGAUUCUUUUAUAUUAAAAAGGUAGACCUAAUAUUUACAAUUUUCAUAAGAAUCUAAUAGUGUGUACAUCUUCUGUGUACAACUGUUUUUUAAUUAUACUGUACAUAUUUUUUAAUAAAUUUAAAUAUAAUACAAAA